UCGCUCCGUUUUCACUCUGUUCUCUCCCGCUCGGGUCUCGAAAGAACCUCGUGGUUCACUAGUUCUGUUCGCACCAAUUGAAGAAUUGCACCCCUUCGGAUCGGCUCAGAAGGUCACGGUUUUGAUGGAGGCGGGUGGCAGCAGCGAAAGCCCUGCCGACCAACCGAAGAGGGGCAAAUCGAAGACCCCGAGGAAGGCCAAGGACAGCGUUCUCAAGCAGAAAUCUCCGGCGGAGUUUUUCGCGGAGAAUAAGAACAUCGCUGGUUUUGAUAACCCUGGGAAAUGCCUCUACACUACUGUGAGAGAGCUUGUCGAGAAUUCACUUGAUUCAGCAGAGUCCAUCUCUGAGCUUCCCGUUGUGGAGGUAACAAUUGAAGAGAUAGGGAAAGUCAAGUUUAACACUAUGAUCGGUCUUGUUGAUCGAGAACGUGUUGAUGAGGAACUUUAUGAUGACUAUGAGACUGCCAAGGCUCGGGAGAAAAGAUUAGCUAAGGAAGCUAGAAAUCAGGAAAUUCAAGCAAAGAAUGCUGCCCUUGGGAAGAAAGUCAAGGAGCCUACACCAGCAAAAGCAAUGAAGGGUCGAGGAGAGGCUUCAUUUUACAGGGUGACAUGCAAGGACAACGGAAGAGGAAUGCCACAUGAUGACAUCCCAAAUAUGUUUGGACGAGUUCUGUCUGGAACAAAGUAUGGCUUGAGACAGACACGUGGAAAGUUUGGUCUUGGUGCAAAGAUGGCCCUGAUUUGGUCCAAAAUGAGUACGGGACUUCCUAUAGAUAUCUCCUCAUCAAUGAGAGGCCAAAAUUAUGUGUCAUUCUGCAGGCUGGAUAUUGAUAUUCACCGGAAUAUACCUCACAUUCAUAUACAUGAAAAACUGGAGAAAAAGGAAGAGUGGCAUGGGGCUGAAAUUCAAGUUGUGAUUGAGGGAAAUUGGACAACCUACCGCUCAAAGAUUUUGCAUUAUAUGCGACAAAUGGCUGUGAUUACCCCAUAUGCUCAAUUCAUUUUCAAAUUUGUAUCGGAUACAUCUGAUAAAAGCAUGACUAUAAAAUUUGCCCGGAGAACUGAUGUGAUGCCCCCUGUUCCAUUGGAGACAAAGCAUCAUCCAUCAUCUGUUGAUUUGCUCCUUAUUAAACGACUUAUUACAGAAACUUCAAAACAGAACAUUCUGCAGUUUCUUCAGCAUGAAUUUGUAAAUAUCAGCAAAGCACAUGCCGAGCGUUUGAUCGGCGAAAUGGGCCCUGAAUUCCAGCCCAAAAUGUUGAUCAAGUCUCUAACAGAUCAGCAAAUUGUCCGCAUCCAUCAACUGUUUCGGCAAGCGAAGUUUGAAGAUCCUAUUGGCGAUUGUCUUAGUCCUGCAGGCGAGUAUAAUCUUCGCCUCGGAAUUAUAAAGGAACUGCAUCCAGACAUGGUAGCAACUUAUUCCGGGAGUGCCCAGGUUUUUGAAGGUCACCCUUUUAUUGUAGAAGCUGGUGUCAGUUUAGGUGGAAAAGAUGUCAAACAAGGGUUGAACAUAUUCCGGUUUGCAAAUCGGAUCCCACUUCUUUUUGAACAAGGUGCUGAUGUAGUGACCAGAACAGCUCUCAAGAGAAUCAACUGGAGUAGUUACAAGAUAAACCAGAUGCAAGAUAAAAUUGGAGUCUUCGUGAGCAUUGUCAGCACAAAAAUCCCCUUCAAGGGGACAGGGAAGGAAUAUAUUGGAGAUGAUAUAACGGAAAUUGCUACUGCUGUUAAGUAUGCCAUUCAGCAAUGCUGCAUCCAGCUUAAAAGUAAAAUAGUAAAGAAAAUGCAGGCGCGUGAGCAACAAGAGAGAAAAAGAAACUUAAGCAAGUACAUACCUAAUGCUGCUGGAGCGGUGUAUGAUGUUCUGAAAGAAAUGGCACAAUCUCAUGCUUUAAAGAAGAAACGCUACGAGGAUGAGGAUGCCACUUUACUGGGCAAAGUAUCAACUCGGUUAAUUACAAAAGAUACGCUCACAGAAAAAUUAUCUCAACAUGUUGAACAGGUGGAUUAUGAAAUGGCUUUGGAGUUUGCCACACAGAGUGGAGUUAGUGAGGAGCCCAGAGAAGCCAUCUAUAUACAUUCUUUAGACACCAAAAGUGACUUCAUUGAUUUCAGUAAUUCAAUCUUCUGCUUCAGGCUGACCCGUGAGAGGACUAUUAAUGGCACAUGCUGGACCCUUUGAAGACUGGUCCCUGCAUAAGCUUUUGGAUUCUGGAACAUGCUUCUGAUAUAUGUUUUACUUCACCCAGUGUGAAGAAUGGGGUUUAUCCUAAACAUCUACUUUAUAUAAAUGCUUGAAAAUGCUUUGUUAUCUCGAAAUCAAGCGAGGUAUGGUUCUUGUUUUCACUGUUUAUCCACAUCUAAUCUGACUUUUAUGAAGAAGUUUUGCUUUCUAAUUUUUAAGUAAUACGCCAAAUGCAGGAUGCAAUUGUCAGGUAAAAUGUUAGAUGCAUUUCCUGUUAUUAAGUACACGAGUGGUUGCACUGAUGAUAUUCCCAGAUUGUAUUAAUUCGCUCCAUACACAUCUGAUCACAAAACAGCGGAAAGUUUCGAACAUUGUUAACAGGACACAGGUUCUCCUAACCUUCCCCAUACCAGCUGCAGACCAAAUCCAUUAGUUAAAGUAAAGCAUAAGGUUAUAAUAGACUCGUCAAGAGGUGUCUAGAUAGAAUUUUACUUUUUGCUUAAUCUAAGUUCUAUGGUGGAUGCUUUUGAGCAUUGUUUGAUCCGAAACUUUCGCAAUAUGCUACUAUUGGCACAUAGAUUCGCAUGUAGUAUCUUCGUAAUUGUUUGAAAUUUGGUUACAUAUGAAAUUUUGAUGGGAAAGGAAAUAGUUACCCAUUUCUAAAAAGCUUAACCAAAAUUUUCCAUCAUCAAAAGGCAUUCUUGCUUUUUAUAAUGGCAGCAACUGUCUUUGCUGCAAACCCAUAGGAAGUAAUUUUCCUCGUUACUAAUUGGUGCCAUAACUUACAUUGUUUUGCGAUUUACUUGCUUCAUCUUCCCCUUUAGCCUGCAAUUUGUCUACUCUUCUGAAUGGCACAAGUGCGUUCGAUAUUCUUAUAAAUCGGUGCUGUACUUCAUUCAUUUUGCGGGGAAGGUUGACUUGUCGCCAUGGGAACAGCUAUGCUCAACCGCAAGAGAAAUAUAUUCUCGAUAUUUCGUCUUGGCAUGGGAAUUAGGACAGUGAAGUGUCGUAAGAGUGCCAGUGGCUUUGAAGCUGUUUGCUCUUACAUUGUGA